UCUCUUUUCCGGCGUCUCCAUCGCCGUCUUCUUCUUCUCAAUCUCGCUGUCUAAUUUCGUUCGGCUUCGACCUCGUGAGCUACUUCUGAGUCCGGCCAUCACGCAGCUCCAGUCAUUUGCUUUGUGAUUUAUACAAAGAUGACAACAAUUGAAACCAAUCAGAAAACUCAAAAGUCUUCUCCUUCCGGUUCUGCUGCUACUGCUACCGCUACUCCCAAGCAGCCAUCAGCGUCGUUUAAAAGGUGGGGAAGAAGACACCCAUUUGUAAGAUAUGGAAUUCCGAUGAUAUCUCUCACAGUAUUUGGAGCACUCGGACUUGGCCAACUCCUUCAAGGCAGUAAGGAUAUCGCAAAGGUAAAAGAUGACCAAGAAUGGGAGAUUAUAGAGACAAGAAAGGCCCUUUCGAGAACAGGACCUGUUGAUGCUUAUAAACCUAAAAACACAUCCAUCGAAGAAGAGCUCAAGGCUAUGCAAGAGAAGGUGGACAUAAACUCGUACGAGUACAAGAAAAUUCCAAAGCUAAACGAAAGCCAGUCUGAUUAAUCGAAGUCAGUCCUUGUAUCAGAAUUUUGCCUUCUUAGAUGUGUUCAGUUUCAAAUGACUCUUCACAUAACAUAAGCGCCCAAGUAAAAAAAAAUACAGUGCAGUAGGUUUUGGCCUUGCUAAACCAAGAACAAAAGAUGAGGCAUAGGGCUAUUUCUUCAUUAUACAUCACUUGAUUGUCUUUUAUAAAAUUAGUGUUUGGUAAUCCAAUAAUCAUAAGAUGCUUUCUUUCGAUUCAAUCCAUUGUUUUAGUAUUUGUUGUAAUCAUGAAUCUCUAUGUAUACAUAUAAUAUAAGGAUACGUGUGUCAAUUUCCGAA